AUGCCUUCUCGAACGCGACCCAUUGAAAAGUUCGCGCAAGCAGCUGCGAAGUGCUCGGCGGAGGCUUCAGUGUACGGCAAAUGCAUAGUAGCGGACUACAAUGCAGUACACAAGGACAAAUGUCUCACAGAGUUUUUACGUCUGAAGAACUGCUAUAUUGCUGCCGCAAAGAAACCUUGA